CUACCAUCAGGUAGGUGGCUAGCAACUCCGCUUUUUCCAAGUUAUAAUAAAUAUAUUUAUAUAUGAGACGUGACUUGAUACGUUGCUGAUUUAAGGAUUACUGCCACUACUAGAAUGCGAGAUAAUCUAAAUAGCUAGAACUCUAUGAAAAAGACCGUCACAGAGCGAGCAAGGUAACAGCAGUACUAGCAUCGUUAGCAUAGGUGGGUGGCUGUUUUGUUUGCUGCAGUGCUGUUAACGUCAGAAGCUGGCCUUUAUUGAUAAAGCACCAUAUAUGGAUCCUCACAUCAGUGUUAAAGACGAACCCACUAGUGAUGAUGACGUUACACACAGCUGGUGCGACCCUGUCCAGCCCUCACAAAUGGACUACAGUCACGAAGGUGCUGUUGAUAAGUCUAAGUUGGAACCAGAGGACCUUCCAGGGCUCAGUGAAGCAAGAAAACCAACAUUCAAUGUGAUUGUCAAAGAGGAAGAGGAAGAUGAGGAGGAGGAGGAGGACAUGGUUGACCGAGGUUCAGACACUGACUACACACCAAGUCCCACUGUGGUAGUGAAGGUGGGAGAACCCAAACCACCAACAAAGAAUAAGAACACAGUAAAGAAACUUCACCAGUGCCCCGACUGUGGAAAAACCUUUGAGAGGCUGUCGCGUCUGAAGAGGCACGAGCCAUCACACUUGAGGAAGAGCAAGCACCCGUGCCCUGACUGCAACCAGUCUUUUGGCAACCUCUCAGUCCUGAAGAAACACAGGGCGACACACAAGAGCACCGAGAAGCUGACUCACCAGUGUCAACAAUGUGGCAAGACGUUUGAGAAGCUAUCGCGCCUCAGAAGGCACCAGCCCGUACACCAGAGGAGAAAGAGGAUGGACCACCCGUGUCCUAAAUGUGGCAAGACCUUCAAGAAGUUAUCCGGCCUGGUUCUGCACGAGCGAGGACACACCGGAGAGAAACCGUUCCCUUGCUCCCAGUGCGGGAAGAGCUUUGCCGACAACCGUCACCGGAAAGUGCACGAGCAGGCUCACCAAGGGAAGUUGGAGAGACCCCACCGCUGCGCUGACUGCGGGAUCUGCUUCCCCAAACCAUCCGAGCUUCGACGGCACCAACGCGCACACACGGGAGAGAAACCGCACCGCUGCCCUGACUGUGGGAAGGCCUAUUCCCGGUCAGAGACUCUGAAGAGGCACCUUCUCAUCCACACGGGGGAGAGACCUCACCUCUGCACCGAUUGUGGGAAAAGCUUCAUUGAAUUGCAGCAGUUGAAAUCCCACCAGCGGAUUCACACCGGAGAGAAACCAUUCCACUGCCCCGUGUGUGGGAAGGGUUUCUCACAGAGGGGUAACAUGAAGGCACACCAUCGGACCCACACAGGGGAGAAACUUCACCACUGUGCCGACUGCGGGGCCAGUCUCUCCACAUCUUCUAGUUUAAAAGAGCAUCAGCUCAUUCACACAGGAGAGAGGCCCUUCCAGUGUCUGGUCUGUGGCAAACGCUUUCUGCACAUCUGGAGACUCAGAAAACACCAGAAGACACACACCGGACACACAUAAGGAAGACGUCUCUGUAUGCUUUGAAAGAGCAGCAACUGUAGUGUUGUACUACUACUACUAAUAUUAAUACUACUAAUAUUACUACUAGGAUUGUGGGUUCAAUUCCUGAGACCACUCAUACAUGAAUGUGUGCAUGCAUAACUGACUGACUGUAAGUUGCUUUGGAUAAAAGCAUCUGCUAAAUGGCUGUUAUUAUAAAUAUCAGCAACCCAGAACCAACAAAAAUAAUUUCAUUCACUUUAAUAGCUUGCAGUAGGGAUCUGCUUGUGAGUAUUCAAACUACAUAUGUGUACAGAGGGGGUGUACUACAAAGCAGGAUCAAUUAGUUAUCCAGCUAACUUUGAUAAGCAACCAGAAAUAUCUAUUGAUUUUUCUGACUAAUUAAUACAUUCAACAUUAGAUAUGCGUUGUUGGUUGAGUCAGUUAAACAAGGCCAAUUCCAAGCUUAUCUUUCUAAAACAAGAAAAGGUCAUAUCAGAAUAUUUCGACAAGCUGGCUAACUCAUUGAAUCGUCUUUGUAGUUUACCCCUCUGGUCUACGCCUUGUCCCAUUUUAAUGAACACUGAACAAUGCUCUUUAUACGUAUGACAUAACAAUUUUAAUGGUACAUUUAAUAGUCUUAUGUUUUGUAUGUGUGUGUGUGCACAUUUUACUGUACUUGUGAGUACCAGAAGUCCUCAUGAAUAGUAAACUAACUAAAAUUCA